AUGGCGAGCAGUCACUCAAUCGAAGUUCCUGAUGGUUUCACCUUACACACGGAGAACACAUCUCACAUCCUUCUGUCAUCGAACGAGGCUUUCCUAAAUCCAGUGCAAGAGUUCAAUCGAGAUAUCAGUGUUGCUUGCAUCAGGACAUGGAGCGACGAUCUGAAUACAACCAAAGAAGAAAAAUGGAAACGAAACCAGGAGAAACGAUUACAACGUGGUUCGAAGAAGCGCUUCAAAGGUUUCCAUCUAGCCGUUUCCUGUGUCGAAUGUCUGAUAUUUACUGGAAAACGACGCGUAGGCGAAGACAGUGAACUCGUUGGUGGUUCAACAGAGCCUCCAGAGACGGAUGUGGCUCCGGGAGGGCAUCCUCGCGGGAUAGAGAUUCAGUAUCAACCUUACAAAUUUACGUUGCUCGAAGCCCUGUCUGCUACUGGAUUACGCUCCAUUCGAUAUGCCAAAGAGCUCCCACACAUUAAAUAUGUCAUAGCCAAUGACCUUUCACCGACCGCGGUUGCUGCUAUGAACCGUAACAUUACGAUCAAUGAUCUUGUGGAUACGACUGAAGGAGUGGGCGACCCGUCACAACCCCCCAUAAUAAUUCCUGGAAAAGUCAGAAUCAACGAAGGGGACGCAUGUUCAUUGAUGUAUAAUCACCGUGAAGAGAAGAACCGGGUGGAUGUAGUCGAUCUCGAUCCGUACGGGACAGCGGCACCAUUCAUUGAUGCUGCUGUACAAUGCGUCAAGGAUGAAGGUUUGCUUUGUGUGACUUGCACAGAUCUUUCUGUGUUGGCGACCACCAACUACCCCGAAAAAUGCUUUUCUAACUAUGGAGGAGUGCCAGUAAAGGCUGAGUAUUGUCAUGAAGCUGCAAGUAGAUAUUUUGCUUUGCGACUGGUGCUUCAUUCGCUUUCUACAUCGGCUGCGAGAUAUGGGCGUUAUAUCACGCCUUUGUUGUCUUUGUCCAUUGAUUUUUAUGUCCGCGUCUUUGUGCGAGUGGCGACGGCGCCACUCGAGGUCAAAAAGACUCUGACCAAGACUUCAACAAUUUAUGUCUGCUCAUCUUGUCAAUCCUUUCACGAACAGCCACUGGGAAAAGCAGUUGAGAAGAAGCAUGAGACGACUGGGAACUCCAACUGGUCAUUCAAAACCCAAGCAGGCCCGUCCGUUCCAGAGAAGUGUCCUGAGUGUGACUCCGUGUUGCACGUUGCAGGACCAAUGUGGUCAGGACCCUUGCAUGAUCCAUCAUUUAUUGGCCGCAUGCUGGAUCAUUUGGAAAGCAAUCAGAGUAAUUAUGGAACGGCAGUCCGAAUGAAAGGCAUGUUGACAGUGGCGAAAGAGGAACUUCCUACGCUAUUUUACUUCACACCCGCCAAAGUUUCAAGUUUCUUCCAUUGCAACACACCCUCUCUGGAUGAUGUUGCCUCCGCCCUUCUUCAUGCAGGUCAUCGCAUCUCCCGAUCGCAUGCUUGUCCUGGAUCUUUGAAGACAACCGCAACCCGUCAUGAUUUACAUGAUGUUUUCCGGUCAUGGGUCAAGCUCCAUCCCGUCAAACUGGAAAAUAUAUCUGAAACAUCACCUACUCGUCGAUUGCUCGCGGUGGAACCAAAGUCCAUCGCGAAAUUCACCAGGCAUCCGGACUCCGUAACGGCGUCUGGUAAGGUCAAACUUGUAAGGUAUCAAGAAAAUCCAACAAGCUAUUGGGGGCCUGGUAAAAAAUCUACUCACAACAAAAUUGAUCUCAAGAGGAAGCGAAAGGAUGAUGAAGGCGGAAGUUCUUCCUGAGCAUUUGUUCAAAAGAUCGGUAUUAAUGCACAAGCUUAAGACGGGUAAAAGUACAAAUGGUAUAUCCGACUGUUGGUCUACAAGAACAAUAAAUUAGCUACAAAGAU